AUGGUAAAAGUAGAUCUACCAUUAGAAGAGAAGUUUGAUGGCGAACUACUUCAAACAACAGAAUGGAAAAAGCCAGGAACAACAGAUGAAGAUGACGAAGCACCAAAAAAGGUUUGGAAUAAAGUUUUUGGAAUAUUUGUUGCCAUUUCUAUUGGUGUAUUUGCAGGAAUGAGCUGCAAAACAAUUGGUGAAUCAUUUUUAUACUCAGCUUUAUUCUUAGGAGAAUGUUUCAUUUGUGUUUGCAUUUCAGGAAUCGUGAAGACUCUUAGCUUCAAGAGUUCAGUUAUAUCAUUCGCUAUUUACUUCGGAAUAUGCGGUAUUGUUACACCAAUUUCAUCAUGGGGAGGCAGCAAAUUGAUAUAA